UUUCGGAUUCAGAACCGGUCAGUGCCCCUGUGACAGUUCGGUGACCCACCUCGCCGUUAACGGACCGGGAGAUAUUUCGGUGUCGCGUUGCUGAACUUCUCCAACGCAAACUCACUAUCAAAACAAAUCGGACACACGUGCUUUUCCCGCAGAAAAGACGUCACCGCCACAGCCCUCCCCUUCCAUGUCCACCGUAGAAAACAAAUACUAGAAUAACAGAAGAAACUGAUCAAAUGGUUUUGGAUCACGUUUUUCAAACAUGUUAACGUUUCAACCCGCUCGAGCAGGAGGGGGGUUAUUGAGGCCAGCUGAUUAGCGCUGCGAGCUGUCUGAGAGGCGGAAGUGAAGUCACCAGGAGCGCGUCCAUGUUAUUAUUGUUAUUUUGGUAGUUGGCAGUGUGAUGAGACGGACUGGAGAGCCGCCGGGCUCAAAGACUAGGUUAUUGCUCUUCCAGGCCGCCCCGGACUAAGCAGCAAUCCCGGAGAAAGAAGCCCUGUUGCCGGCAGGGGAGAGCACCCAGUCCAGGCUCCUCUCCCACCAGCAGCCCUUCGAACGACACAGGCUACAAAAACAAUACGGUACCCGACAAACCUAACGCUAGCCCCAGACGUGUUGUGUACGGUAACACCCUCCGCAGUACGGUGACACCCUCCGCAGAUAUGAACGGCAUCACCAAGGGCAGGUUUGAGGUGUUUUCCAACAGCGAUGAAGCUCCCAUUAACAAGAAGCUUCCCAAGGAGCUGCUGCUCAGAAUCUUCUCCAACCUGGAUGUGAUCACAUUGUGCAGGUGUGCCCAGGUGUCCAAGGCGUGGAAUGUCCUGGCCUUGGAUGGUAGUAACUGGCAGAAGAUUGACCUGUUCAACUUCCAGACAGACAUAGAGGGUAGAGUAGUGGAGAACAUCUCUAAGCGAUGUGGAGGCUUCCUGAGGCAGCUGAGUUUGAGGGGAUGUAUCAGUGUGGGAGACGCAUCCAUGAAGACGUUUUCCCUGAACUGCCGUAGCAUUGAGGUGUUGAACCUGAACGGCUGCACUAAGAUCACAGACAGCACCUGUCUCAGCCUCUCCAAGUUCUGCUGCAAACUCAAACAGCUGGACCUCACCUCCUGUGUGUCUGUUACCAACCACUCCCUCAAAGCUCUCAGUGAUGGCUGUAGUAUGUUGGAGACAUUAAACCUGUCGUGGUGUGACCAAAUCACCAGAGAUGGCAUCGAGGCUCUGACCAGGGGCUGUAACAACCUACAAGCCCUGUUCCUACGUGGCUGCACACAGUUGGAGGAUGGAGCACUGAAACCCCUUCAGAAACACUGUCCUGAACUAACCACUAUCAACAUGCAGACCUGCUCACAGAUAACUGAUGAUGGCUUGGUCAGCCUGUGUCGGGGGUGCCACAAACUGCAGAUGCUGUGUAUCUCUGGCUGCAGUAACAUUACAGACGCCUCUCUCACCGCUCUGGGCCUCAACUGCCCCCGACUCAAGAUCUUGGAAGCAGCACGGUGUUCACAUGUUACAGACGCUGGGUUUACUGUACUGGCCCGGCAUUGUCAUGAGAUGGAAAAAAUGGAUUUAGAAGAAUGUGUUUUGGUGACUGACAACACUCUAGUCCAGCUCGCUAUUCACUGCCCUCGCCUGCAAGCACUGGUACGUAUUGUUGUGGGUGUACAUUACAGUAUGCAAUAUAGUGUCAACCGUCUAUCCUCUCUCCACCAGUCCCUCUCCCACUGUGAGCUGAUAACUGACGACGGUAUCAGGGCACUGAGCAGCAGUGUGUGUGGACAGGAGCGCCUCACGGUGGUGGAGUUGGAUAACUGCCCUCUGAUCACAGACGGGACUCUGGAGCACCUGAAAAACUGCCACCGCCUGGAGAGGAUAGAACUCUACGACUGCCAGCAGGUCACCAGGGCCGGCAUCAAACGCAUACGGGCCCAUCUCCCAGAGAUAAAGGUCCACGCCUACUUUGCCCCGGUGACGCCCCCUCCCUCGGUGCACGGCGGGGGCCGUAGGCUGUGUCGCUGCUGCGUCAUCCUCUGACAGUGGAGGACCCGGGGGGGGGGGGGGGCAGCUCUGUCUACAGGGCCUACUGCUGUGACCCCCACCCCCAACAACAAUAACCCAACACCACGGCGACACAACACCCUGAACCCAGACACAACACCCUGAACCCAGACACAACGACACAACACCCUGAACCCAGACACAACGACACAACACCCUGAACCCAGACACAACGACACAACACCCUGAACCCAGACACAACGACACAACACCCUGAACCCAGACACAACGACACAACACCCUGAUCCCAGACACAACGACACAACACCCUGAUCCCAGACACAACGACACAACACCCUGAACCCAGACACAACACCCUGAACCCAGGCACAACACCCUGAACCCAGACACAACACCCUGAACCCAGACACAACACCCUGAACCCAGACACAGCACCCUGAACCCAGACACAGCACCCUGAACCCAGACACGACGACACAACACCCUGAACCCAGACACGACGACACAACACCCUGAACCCAGACACGACGACACAACACCCUGAACCCCGCCACGACGACACAACACCCUGAACCCCACCACAACACCCUGAACCCCGCCACGACGACACAACACCCUGAACCCCGACACAACACCCUGAACCUAUAACCACAAGGUCGUGUUCACUAGGCACUAAACAGGAGAUUUUUGAAAAUGGUUCUUCCCAAACUUUUUCCAAUGAUUAAACAAAAUUGUUACUUUUAAUGUUAAAUGUUUUUCUAUGGUCUGAACCCCCCCCAUCACUACUGAUCUCUGAUCAAUACCCUGGACAUGGACCCCCAUCGCUACUGAUCUCUGAUCCAAACAGACUGAUUGAUCACUACUGGUGUCUGAUCCAUACAGACUGAUUGAUCACUACUGGUCUCUGAUCCAUACAGACUGAUUGAUCACUACUGGUCUCUGAUCCAUACAGACUGAUUGAUCACUACUGGUCUCUGAUCCAUACAGACUGAUUGAUCACUACUGAUCUCUGAUCCAUACAGACUGAUUGAUCACUACUGAUCUCUGAUCCAUACAGACUGAUUGAUCACUACUGGUGUCUGAUCCAUACAGACUGAUUGAUCACUACUGGUGUCUGAUCCAUACAGACUGAUUGAUCACUACUGAUAAAUUAUCAAUUGGAGUCUUUCUGAGGUUCUUAUUCAGGGGACGAGGGGUGGAGUCUUCUCUCUCUGACAGAACUCUGAGUUGACCAUCACUCACCUUCCAGAGCCCAGACCCCUCCUCUCCAAAACUACCCUCACCUUCCAGACCCCUCCUCUCCAAAACUACCCUCACCUUCCCAGACCCCUCCUCUCCAAAACUACCCUCACCUUCCCAGACCCCUCCUCUCCAAAACUACCCUCACCUUCCCAGACCCCUCCUCUCCAAAACUACUCUCACCUUCCAGACCCCUCCUCUCCAAAACUACCCUCACCUUCCAGACCCCUCCUCUCCAAAACUACCCUCACCUUCCCAGACCCCUCCUCUCCAAAACUACCCUCACCUUCCCAGACCCCUCCUCUCCAAAACUACCCUCACCUUCCAGACCCCUCCUCUCCAAAACUACCCUCACCUUCCAGACCCCUCCUCUCCAAAACUACCCUCACCUUCCAGACCCCUCCUCUCCAAAACUACCCUGCCUUUCCAGACCCCUCCUCUCCAAUACUACCCUGCCUUUUCCAGACCCCUCCUCUCCAAAACUACCCUGCCUUCCCAGACCCCUCCUCUCCAAUACUACCCUGCCUUUCCAGACCCCUCCUCUCCAAAACGACCCUGCCUUUCCAGACCCCUCCUCUCCAAUACUACCCUGCCUUUCCAGACCCCUCCUCUCCAGUACUACCCUGCCUUUCCAGACCCCUCCUCUCCAGUACUACCCUGCCUUUCCAGACCGCUCCUCUCGAAUACCACCCUGCCUUUCCAGACCCCUCCUCUCCAGUACUACCCUGCCUUUCCAGACCCCUCCUCUCCAGUACUACCCUCACCUUCCAGACCCCUCCUCUCCAGUACUACCCUCACCUUCCAGACCCCUCCUCUCCAAUACUUGGACUAGUGGAUGAGGGGGAUGAUCCUAAAUAGGCAGAGGACUAAACCCACAAAAUGUUGGACAGUGUUAUUCAGGAAGGUGGAAUGGUACGGAACGUGUACAUAGAAGUACGUUGUGUAGAAGAGACGUGAUGAGGAGCGUUGGUAAUCGUGUCUGCUCCAUAUGUUACAUUUCUAUCUGCAAGGUUUCCACAGUCUUGCCCUUCUAACCACACCCCCUGGACAACGCAUCACUCUGGGUGAACUUAAUCUCAACCAAUCACAUGCCACCUCUGUGUGAUCGUGCUGCGAGUCAAUCUGCUGCAACCAAUCGACGCGCACAGCUCUUUGGGCGUGAAAAGGGGAUUCUGGGAAAUGUAGUGAUUCUGGGUGUGAGCAGAGAGGAUGCUGGGAUAGCCCUGACUUACGGCGAUGUAGGGGACACCACUAAACCCCGCCCAUCCAGAGGCAAACAGGAAACCAGAAGUACAAAGCUGAACAUUUUGACGUUUUUGUUGUGCACCUGAGAACCUGUCUGUUUGAGACUGUUUUUGUUUGUAAGAGUGUUUUACAAUGAGGGCAACAAAAAUAUUACAAUAUGGCAACUCGCCCUCGGAUUGGAGUUGGCCAGUAACAAAUGACUAUUUUCCCUCUUUUUCAGUGCUUAUUGUUAUUGUCCAUGCUUAUCUAUCCAGAGGGAGAUCAGAUCUGUGCAUCUCUCCUUUUGAAAAUAAUGAAAACAAAUGGUUACUGUUGUGGACAGAAAUGGGACUGUCUGUCAGAAACGAGCAUCUAAGGAAAUCCCUGGAACGUGUUUACUCUGGGCCUCCUGUGUGGCUGUGGAACACACAGGCUGGUUCCAAACUGACCACUAGCCCCUUGACCACUAAGCAACUCCUGACUCACCCUCAUUGAAAUGAAACGGAGAGGUUUAAGCCUAAGUGAUGAUCAUGUGUCUUUAGAUUUAAAAAAAAUAAAAAAUAAAUCUGGAGCAGUGGAUUCGAGCACCAUGGCAGAUACUUCACACAGUUCACCAGAUGGAGAUUGAGGUCAAGAUAUAGACUGCUAUGUUUACUGGUACCUACCAUGUAAUCUCUCGUGGACAGAUGUGCAUAACAUAACUGGUAUCGUAGCAUCUGUCAGCAGACUGUGGGUUGCGCCCGACUACCAAUGAAAUUUGUUCUGGUACGCAGGUCUUUCAUCACUGGUCAUUUGGACAAAUCAUGAUUUCGCAGGUGUCUUUUGAAUUUUGGAAGAGUAGGGAACAUUUGGCACAUACACCUCUCCUGUAACCUGCAGAGGGAAAUGGAGCUCCUAGUUCUGCUUCCGUAUCCUCGUUCUAGUAUAUAUUUCUAAAAUGUCUGCCCCCAGAAAUUAAUUAAGCAUCUAACGCAAUUGCACAGGAUUUUUCAUUCUGGGUGUCCGAGAUUACCUACCAUGUGCUUUCAGAUGUUCCGGGGCUAAGGGAAGGGGUCAGGGCUAGGGGCCAGUCUUGGGUUUGGGACAAGGCCUGUCUGUGUUCAGUCUCAGACAUACAGAGUGUGUAGUAUAUAAUAUGGGUGUUUGACUCAGAUGCUUCUGGUUCUAGGUCAAUAAGCUGACUGACCUCUAGGGUUGGGGUCAGUUCUUUAUUAAUUCAGUCUUUGAAAUGGAAUUGAUCCCAACCCUGCUGACCUCACUAUGUGGCAAUGAUACUAACGCCUCUCUUUGACAGCUGUUCUAGCAGGAGCUUUAUGUUGAAAAUGAAUAAAUAUAACAUAAAUAAAUCAAAUAACUGAUUAGUAAACGUGCUCUGACUGGCUCUACAGUGAAAUUUGAUAAAAAAUAAAUGUUCUGACUUGUGCUUA